AUGCCUGCUGAUCAUCAGCCUGCUCCUGUCGUUCCAGAGCCCGUUCUUGCUCUUGACCCUGUUCCUGAUGAUGCACCAGUUAUUGCACCACCUGUCACUGAUGCACCCAUCGUUGCACCACCAGUUGCUGAGAUCCCAGAUGUAGCACCUAUACCUGACCCCAUGCCGAUUUUUGAUGACCUUGCACCGUUUGCUACCCAUAUUGACCCGAGAUACGCUAACACCCACAAUGGGUGGAUCGAGGAGGAUGACUACCCUCCGUAUGUGAUCCCAGUCACUCCCCAUACCGUACCUGUUACUGCACCAUUCGACAUUCCGUUGUUUCCCCCACACACCACAGAUAUCCAGCGUACCGACCUUCCGAUUACCUUUCUCCAGGACAUUCCUCCGCCACGACCGGGGGAGGGAUCGUCGAGGCAGCCUUUUGGCCACACACCGCUUAUGUCAGGAUAUAGCCAGUUUUUACCGCAGAUUCCUUAUCCUGGUUUUGUUCCACCCAUGUCGUCUUCUGUACCUGUCACGUCUCAAGUUCCCCAUACUACUUUACCGUUCACACCUACCCCACACACUACUUAUCCAGUUUCGGCUCCGAUGGGCGAGCCAUUUCUAUGGUCAUCACCCCAUGUUAUACCAUUAUCCGACCUUUAUCACCCAUUUCACGUCGAAUACUCUAUAGAGGACACACUCACGUCACUGCAGUUACAGCAGGACGCCCUGAGACGACAUGUCCAGGAGUUGGGGAGAGCUCCACAUCCUCCAUGCCACUGCCAAACUCCGUUUGCAGCACCACACGCUCCUUUUCCAUCACUCCUUGAUUCAGAUAUUCGCUUCCUUCCUCUUGACCAGCAGGUUGCUUACCUGUUGCAUUUCGCCUAUGCUCUCGAGGAGGACUUGGUGCAUUUGCGCUGGUUACUUUUCUCUCGCUUUCCACCUCCUCCGCCGGCAUCAUCAUAA